CAGAAGAUUAAGUGAUGGGAGACAGUGGAGAGAGGGAUGGACAGAUCGAGAUUCUAGGAUAACCUCGCGGAGCAAUUAUUUAGCUAAGUCGUCGGAGGAGUCUCUAUUUUUCUGCCCCUGCGCAUACUUUUCUCUUAAGGUUUAAUGUUACUGGAGCUCACUCUGUCUAAACUCUUAUCCAUUUUUUAUUUUCUUUUUAUAAUCCUUAUUUUGCCAUCGAUAUGGAGGAAGAUCUCAACAACCCAUCUGAGAUUAACAGUGUUGAUGUCAACAAAGUACUGCAUUCUAGCAUUGUUUACUGGAACAAGAAAAGAAAAUUUCAAGAUGAGCAAUUAGGCUUACCUCUACCAAAGCAUAAAUGCUGGUAUCGAAGCGUAAGUUCAGAAUUUGAUUCCCCAUCUGAUAAGAACCUAGAAGCAAAGAAUUUUCGUAUAUGCAUAAACAAGAGGAAAGAUGAUAGUGAAGCAAUAGGUGAGGUGUCGGAUCAAGAGUCAGCAGGAGAUAGCAACAGCUUUGCUGCAGAUGGUGACUCAUCCAUGUCUGUAUCCGGUGAAGCUAAGAUGGAGUUGGAGUAUGCAAAGGCAAGUUCAUCUGAACUGCGUUCCACUUCAUCCGAUAAUUGGAGCACCAGCAGUUCGAAGAAUAUCCUCUAUUCUUUGGACAGCAGAUUAAUGACAAUCUCUUCUGACAGCGAGAAACCAACAUCUGUUGACAGAGAGCUUGAUUCUCCUCAUCAGAUUCUUGGACUACACAUUCCUCUGAAUUUUGAUGACCACCUACUAGAACUUGAAAACCAUAUAGGUUACGGUUGUUCAGAUCACGAAAAUGAGCAAUAUACAGAUAAGGCACUUGAAGAUAUGCUCUACUCCAAUGGGGUGAUUCCAAAUAAUUAUGUUCUUUCCUCUGGAAGAUGGAAUGUUAACCAAGAGACUCAACCAGGCAAGAAGAAACUAACCAUUGAUAAAGAAUUUGAGGAAUACUUUUCCAUGCUUAUGCUAUAGUAGAGUUUACUAAAAGAAGAAGAGUGAAAAUGUUAUUGUUUAUGAAAUAUUUCUGUUAAAUGAGUCUCUUCUCUUGUGAUUACAAUUGGAAUGUAACAUAGCUUGUUAUUUUCAGUCAAAUGUGAUAUUACUCUGAUCGGCCUUGGCCUUUCUCUUUCCUUUUUCA